AAAUUAAGAAUUUAGUGUCAUGAAACAAAUAAGAAAAAAAAGUACUGGUGGACCGCACCAAAAUUUAUGAAGUUUGGGGGCUAUAUAUAACUAAAGUAUCCAUGGUGCCAAACACUCACUCCACAGCAGAGAUAGUGAGUGAGGUGAGAAUCCAACCACAUAAUUACAAAGGAAAUUAAGGUAGUCCCACACACACCCUUAGAAAAAUGGGAAGAAGCCCUUGUUGUUCAAAGGAGGGUUUGAAUAGAGGUGCUUGGACUGCUCAUGAAGACAAAAUCCUCACAGAUUACAUCAGGGUCCAUGGUGAAGGAAAAUGGAGAAACCUUCCCAAAAGAGCAGGUUUGAACAGAUGUGGGAAAAGUUGCAGACUUCGUUGGUUGAAUUAUCUCAGACCAGAUAUUAAGAGAGGCAAUAUCUCCUCUGAUGAAGAAGAGCUUAUCAUCAGGCUUCACAAACUUCUGGGAAACAGAUGGUCUCUAAUAGCAGGAAGGCUUCCCGGGCGAACAGACAAUGAAAUAAAGAAUUACUGGAAUAGCAAUUUGGGAAAAAGAGUUAAAAGUCUCAACCAAACAAACACCUGUUCUACCAAUUUGGCCACUCACUCCCCCUCUCUAUCUCCUUCUAAGCCACAAUCCCUUCUGGUCCGUACAAAAGCUACCAAGUGCUCCAAGGUGUUGUUCAUAAACUCACUCCCAAACUCAUCACAAACAAUGAAAAUGCAGAACAAGUCAGAAUCAGAGGCAGAACCAGAAACAGAUCAAAGGCCAUUGCCUGUAGAUUCUGUAGCCAGAAACUCAAUUUCAAAGAGUAACAAAAUGGAAACAAGUAAUGGAGUUUUGGCAUUUCCCAGAGAAAAUCAAAAGGAACAGUCAACAGAUUUGCUGAUGGACUUCAACGUUGGUGAUUUUUGCUUAUCUGAUCUUCUGAACUCUGAUUUUGAUGGCAUGUGCAACCUAGCUAACAAUGACAACAACAAUGAGCCAUUGUCUCCUUGUUCAGACCAACCUCCUCUGUUCUCUGAUGAAAUUUUCAAGGAUUGGACACGAUGCAGUUUCGCUGAUGAUGAAACAAAUGUGUCCAACAAUCUUCAUUCUUUCACUUCAUUCCUUGAGUCUGGUGAGGAGAUACUAGGAGAAUCCUAAUGGGGUUAUGUGAGUUACUUUAAGGAUCAAAUAAUCUCAUCUUAGGUAGACUUAUCUACAUACAUUAAAAUAAAAAGUUUAGUUUAGUUUCUAGUUUGUUUAUUUUUAGUUACAUAUUGGACCAUUUAGAUGAGUUACUUAGCACCUUGAACUAUGUUGAACAACCUACGUGGUGGUAACAUAGAUUCCCAAUAAAGUUAACUAAAUUGGUCCUUUUUUGAACAAAUUGUUCUACAUUUUGAUUUUUACUAGCCAAACAUGUGAAAUGAGAGAAUCGGUUGUUGGAUUUUUGUUAAACUGAACGGAAAUUAAGAUUGCAAGUAAGCUCUUAGCAUAUGUUCGAGUAGCCAUUUUAUUAAAUGGAAGUAAAAUAUGGAAAAUGUUAUUUUCACACCAAAUUGAGUCAUAC